CCCAUAGCUCUGUCACUGACUGUCACACAAGUUUGCCUGUUUUUACCCUUUCCAACAGUGCUCGUGACUCAGAUGGAAGUGGGAGCCUGGACCUACCAUUAUGGUGCCAAAUCUGAUUACUCCUGGGAGCUGGCCAGAAACUUUUGCAGGUCAUUCUGCACCGACCUCGUAGCAAUCCAGAACCAGGGGGAAAUUGCUUAUCUCAACAGUGUCUUACCCCACUAUAAAACAUACUACUGGAUUGGGCUACGAAAGAUCAAAAAUGUCUGGACGUGGGUUGGUACCAACAAGGCCCUGACGAAGGAGGCUGAGAACUGGGCUAACAGGGAACCCAACAAUAAAGGGAGGAACCAAGACUGUGUGGAGAUUUACAUAAAGAGGGACCGUGAUGCUGGAAGAUGGAACGAUGAGCACUGCCAAAAGAAAAAGAGGGCUCUGUGUUACCAAGCGUCUUGCCAGCGUUCCUCCUGCAGCCAGCGCGGCGAGUGCGUGGAGACCAUCGGGAACUACACCUGUGAUUGCUACCCUGGCUUCUACGGGCCGGAGUGUGAACACGAAAUUACCGACCUGAUGGUGAAUCAAACCCCAGCCAGUGUCAGUGAUUUGGAAGGCUCAGAACUUACCAUGAAUUGUACAUUCAAGACAGUCAAUAACCACAGCCCCAUGUAUGUGCGAUGGUAUAACUAUGGGACCGAGGGACUAAAGCAAGAGCUGGUGAAUGAGAGUGAGGUGAUCACAAUGCUGCAUUUGGACAAUGGGUUUGCCUCUCUCACUUUGAAGAAUGCGAAUUCAUCUAAUACAGGAACCUACGUGUGUGAGGUGGGGAUCACAGCAAGGAACCUGUCUGUGUCAGGAGCUGGAACCCAGGUGACCAUCACUCCUGUCAAUCGGACAAUAUGGUGAUCCGCUGUUAUAGUGUACACCUGGAGAUGGAGCUCUCAGACACCUGUUACCCCGGCAUUCCCCACAAACACCGUGCUGACCAUCUUGCCUGCUAGAUUCUGUACCUGCAAAUAAACCUUGAACUGAAUGGAAGGGAGGGGAGGGGAUACUGGAUAACUGGAAGGGAGGUCACGGGUGUUCAGAAUAAAAAGACUCCUCUCUGACACCCUUCUUUGAGGCAGCAGAACCUGGUGAUCGGUGGUGGCUUAGGCAGUCUCAGUGGCAUCUGAGCCAUAGGAAAAUAUGAGAUGAACAUUUAUGUUACCUAAAGAGUCCCCAUUGUGCUACCUAGCAAUCACUUUAGAGCAGGGGAGUGGAAAUUAUGGUCUGUGGGCCAGAUCUGGACCGCGGGAUUGCCAGCCUGAUCGCACAGCAGCGCUAAGGCAGGCUUUCUACAUGCCCUGGCCCUGCACCGCUCCCGGAAGCAGCUGGCACCACUUUGCUGCAGCCCGUGGGGGG